CCAGCAAUAAGUUUUAUUUUGUGCAGCUUCAUCCUUUUUUUUCAUCCACGUGUACCAAUGUUUGCAUCGAACGCACUUCCUUAGCAACGUGUAUCUGAACCAGGAAGUACUUUUGUAUGCUCUCGCUAACUAGCCGUGGUUAGCACAGUGAAGUGAAAGUGUGCGGCAGCAAAGUUUGUCUCAGUUGUAUUUUUGAGUCCAGCUUCCGUCCGUAUGUAAUAAACACAUGCCAGGUAACGUCGUGGUUAGCAGGCAGUCCUGUCGCUUGUAGGAGAGGAGUGAAAAUUGUGUGCCAUGAAAAUUAUUUUCUUACCACUGUCUGAUAGGCCACGAUAGGCUUGAUAGGCAAGGUAUGCAGGGGUUAUGGAAGGUCUAAUGAAUUCUGCCGAAGAGCAGCAACCCUCCUCUCCUCUGGCCAACGCAUGGGCCAAAAAACAGGAAUCAAGCAAGAUUCAAAAGCCAAAACUUGUUGGUGGAUUUGUUUUAGUGCAUGCAGGAGCAGGAUACCAUUCUGAAUCUAAGGCCAAGGAGUACAAGCAUGUGUGCAAAAGAGCCUGCCAGCGAGCUGUGGACCGGCUGAAAGCUGGUGCACUUGCAGUGGAAGCAGUGGCUGCAGCACUGGUUGAACUUGAGGACUCUCCUUUUACAAACGCUGGCAUGGGCUCCAACCUUAAUUUGUCGGGGGAAAUUGAAUGUGAUGCGAGUAUCAUGGAUGGGAAGUCGCUCCAUUAUGGCGCCGUAGGGGCUAUUGGUGGUAUUAAGAACCCAGUCUUAGUUGCAAACCGUCUACUGAGUGAAGCACAGAAAGGGAAACUAUCAGCUGGCAGAAUACCUCCCUGCUUUUUAGUAGGGCGAGGAGCACAUGAUUGGGCAGUCAGCCAUGGAAUACCGCCAUGCCCUUCAGAGAAAAUGGCCACCAAGUUCAGUUUAUCUGCGUACAAGAGGAACAAGCGAAAGAUGGAGAUGGCAGAAAAGAUGGACACAGGACAUAAUCAGACAAAGAAAAGACGACAAUCAAGUGAAAAUGAAAAUGGUUCAGGGUGCCUCGAUACAGUGGGAGCCAUUGUGGUAGACCUGGAAGGGAACGUAGCUGCAGCAGUGUCCAGUGGAGGCCUGGCCAUGAAACAUCCCGGCAGGGUUGGCCAGGCUGCUCAUUAUGGAUGUGGCUGCUGGGCUGAAAAUGCCUGUAAUAUGAACCCUUACUCUACAGCAGUGAGUACCUCAGGCUGUGGAGAGCAUCUGAUUCGCACCAUGCUGGCACGAGAAUGCUCUGCUGCCAUGCAGUCUGAAGAUGCCCACCAAGCGCUGCUGGAGGCUAUGCAAAACAAGUUCAUCAGCUCACCCUUUCUGGCCAGCGAAGAUCGUGUUUUGGGUGGAGUAAUUGUCUUGCGCUGCUGCAGAUGUGUGGAAGCUCCGCCAUCUCAAAAUAUUCAGGGUAUACUGGUGGAGUUCCUAUGGAGUCACACCACAGAGAGCAUGUGUGUUGGCUACAUGUCUGCCCAAGAUAGCAAAGCAAAGACCCACAUAUCCAGAUUACCACCUGGGACUAUUCCUGGACAGUGUUUGGCCAUUGAGGGAGGCGUGUGUCGGCUGGUGAGCGUAGUGGAGUGAGCCGCGUUCUUCCUCCUACUGGGCUUCUUCAGCAAUAUUCCAAGACUAACUUUUCCACACACACACACACACACACACACACACACACACACACACACACACACACACACACACAGCCUUCACUUUCCCCCCAUCUUCGUGAUGGCAGAAGUAAUAAGCUUUAGCUGUUUUAACAGGUGCCCAGGUAGGAGGGAGGGAUGUUAGCUUCUACUUAGUGCACUUAAAGUACUUCCCUUUGCCCCUGUCUGCCUCCAGCAUGUACUCUAUGCCAACCCCCCCCAAGUUCUCCAGUAUCACCUGGAUUAGACUUGAUGCACCAUUGCCUUGAUGCACCAUUUUUCUUUAUUACUCUUUUCCAACUAAAAGUGGCAUCCUUCCUUUUGUAAAUAAGCUAUGAUUUAGGAAAACAGGGUGAAUGUUCAUGUUGUUUUGUAUUGCUGAACAGAUUGUGUGACUAUUUUCAGACGUUUAGGAAUUUCAAAUGCAAGACCUUAUUUUGUUCUUAAAAUACUUUUCAAGGUUAAAAAAGAUGUCAUAUUGCACCUUGUGGAAUGCCUGCUACUCAAGAAAAUUGUUAUGAAUGAAGCAUUUGUAGUUGUGAGAGCUGAACAGUGAUGAUAAAAGCUAUUUACAAUGUUAACACGUGCAAAUUAACUUCCAUGUACUCGUACACAAACACAUUAUAUUAUUAAUCCUUCAGCAUACUGUAUAACGUAGCAUAACGUGCAUUUUAGAUCAUGAAGAAUUUUAUAACCAUUUCAGAAUAGAAUGCUUUGCUUUGAUUGUUUUAAAAUGUGAAUACAUAGCUAUUGCAUGUACAAAAUCUACAUUAAGCCACUUUCUAUUCUCUGACAGGUGUAGAGUUGAUCAAGAAGCAGGAAGCUAUGCACUUCCAGAGUAAUGCUGAUACAUACAUAUAGUGCUCAGGUAGCAGCAUUUGACCCCACCGCCAAACAUGACUGUUAGAUCACAAUUUAUAUUUAUAUAGUCACAUUGACAGAGACAUGUAUUUUCUUGCUAAAAAAAGGAGAGCUAAAACUCAUUUGUAUGCAUCAAGCCCAGAAAUUGUGCUGUUGAAAAGUGUACUUGAAGGGAGCAAUGGUCUAAAUUGAUACUUCUGUUGGGAUAAUUAGUUUCCCCGGUUUUGCUGUUUCACUCAGUUACUACUAAGAAUUCCAAUCUCAACAAAACCACAAUAGAGCUUGUGUAUUCUUUACUUGAAAAUGCAACAAAUAUAAAAUGGUAUAAGCUAUUUAAAUGGUACUAUGUGCACAGCUCUUUACACUGCUCAAAAAGUUAAUAAAAUCUAUGUUGCUACA